CACACUUCUCCUUCAUCACACUCAUUCCUCAACAGAUGCCAUCCCCUGCUACGACCCUUCGGAGACGAGGUAUCUCUCCCCCAAGGGACAUUUCCGAUAAUAAUUCUUCCUCGGGAACCGAAAGGACAACAACUCUCACUAAGGAAGACGAGCAAUCCCCACUCAAAUCCCUAAGGACCCCUUCAGACCUUAUCGCCGCCCAUCCUGCGAUCAAACCCCUGUCCAGACCUGCAACAUCACCAUUUGAAGUAGAGGACGAUGCCUCUACGACGACGACUACGCCAACCAGCGCUGCCGCCGUUUUCACCCCAUCAAUUGCCCUCCGAAUCCUCCACGUCCUUCUCAAACCAUUUUAUUUCCUCCUCUUUGCACUCCUCCACCUCGGCCACGAGCUCUUGAUCAGCGCACGGACAAUGAAGACCCUGGUUCAGGUGUUUUUUUUGCCACACAAGUUCCCGACAGCGCCGGAGAUCGUUCGGGUGUUGAGACAGGAUUUGGGCGAGGGGCUGGAGAAACAGCCAAAGCAUCUGGCGGUGAUCUUGCCGGCGGAUGCGUCGUCGUCGGAGCAGGAGGAGGAGGAAUGGCAUGCGAAGGUCGCACAAUUGGUGCAAUGGUCGGUCGCGAGUGGAGUCAAGUGCUUGUCAAUUAUGAGGACGGAUCCACUGCACCCCCAAGUAGUCGAUGCGCUUCAGGAACGAAUCGACGACUCGUUGGUGGAAUUCUAUCGGGAGGAAGGGGCUGUACCCGUCGCUCGUGUCAGGACAUUGCGCCCGGUCGAGAACAGCUUGCAGGCGAUCACGGUUCAUCAGUCCGAAACACAAAGGCAACAAAGGCUACAUGGAGGGCGCGCUUUCGAUUUGGAUGUGGUGAUCCUUGCCGAGCGAGACGGACAUGACAGACUAGCAGCGAACGUCAGAGCUUUGGGCGAAGCUGCACUGCAGAAGGAAAUUCAGAGUCAGGACGUCACCAUGAAGUCCUUGGAUCAACAACUGUCCGCUGAACUCUCGGAACCAGAACUUUUGAUCGUAUUCAAGGAUGACUUGGACUUGAGCAGUUACCCUCCAUGGCACAUCCGCCUUACGGAGAUCUACCAUCAUUCGGACCAGGCCAUUAUUCCUCAGUAUACCAUGUUUCUGCAAGCAUUGCACCGCUAUGCAAAGUGUGAACAGCGCUUUGGAAAAUAGACAGGAAGCGUAACGGUUGUCAUAACGAUAUAUCGACGAAAAUAAAGAUAGCCGAUUUACGCC